CUCCUCGGCCUCCUCCCGCCUCAAGGUCAAAACGCAUCCCUCCCACCGGCGGCCCAUAUAAUAUCUAGGGACUAGGGACUAGGGACCAAUAUAUAUAUAUAUAGAUCGAAUCGAAAGCUCUUCUACCGACGCCGUCGAAGAGAGAUGUCGUGCUCGUCGGACUUGGCGGCCCUCCUGGGGAGCGGGGCCGCCAACGCGAGCGGCGCCGCCGGCUACAUCUGCGGGCAGUUCGAAUCGGUGUCGCUCCAGUUCACGGACGCGGCGUCGGCCAUCGACUCCACCUACCUCCUCUUCUCCGCCUACCUCGUGUUCGCCAUGCAGCUCGGCUUCGCCAUGCUCUGCGCCGGCUCCGUCCGCGCCAAGAACACCAUGAACAUCAUGCUCACAAACGUGCUCGACGCCGCCGCCGGCGCCCUCUUCUACUACCUCUUCGGCUUCGCCUUCGCCUUCGGCGGUCCCUCGAACGGCUUCAUCGGAAGGCACUUCUUCGGGCUCAAGGGGGUCCCCGAGGUCGGCUUCGACUACCCCUUCUUCCUCUUCCAGUGGGCCUUCGCCAUCGCCGCCGCGGGGAUCACCUCGGGGUCCAUAGCGGAGCGCACCCAGUUCGUGGCCUACCUCAUCUACUCGGCCUUCCUCACGGGCUUCGUGUACCCGGUGGUGUCCCACUGGUUCUGGUCCGGAGACGGCUGGGCCUCCGCGUCGCGCACCGCCGGCGAGGCCCUCCUGUUCAGGUCGGGCGUGAUCGACUUCGCCGGCUCGGGGGUGGUCCACAUGGUCGGCGGCGUCGCGGGGCUCUGGGCCGCCCUGAUCGAGGGCCCCCGCAUCGGGCGCUUCGACCACGCCGGGCGCUCCGUGGCCCUCCGCGGGCACAGCGCCUCGCUGGUCGUCCUCGGCACCUUCCUCCUCUGGUUCGGGUGGUACGGCUUCAACCCGGGCUCCUUCACCACCAUCCUCAAGUCCUACGGCCCGGCCGGCUCCAUCCACGGGCAGUGGUCCGCCGUGGGCCGGACCGCCGUCACCACCACCCUGGCGGGCAGCGUGGCGGCGCUGACCACCCUGUUCGGAAAGCGGCUCCAGACCGGGCACUGGAACGUGGUCGACGUCUGCAACGCCGUGGUGGACCCCUGGGCCGCCGUCGUCUGCGGCUUCGUCUCGGCCUGGGUGCUCAUCGGCCUCAACCAGGCCGCCGCCAGAUACAAGUACGACGACCCGCUGGAGGCCGCCCAGCUCCACGGCGGCUGCGGCGCCUGGGGGAUCAUCUUCACGGCGCUCUUCGCCCGCGAGCGCUACGUGAACGAGGUCUACCCGGGCCGCCCCGGCAGGCCCUACGGCCUCUUCAUGGGCGGCGGCGGCAGGCUCCUCGCGGCCCACGUCGUCCAGAUCCUGGUGAUCUUCGGGUGGGUGACCUGCACCAUGGGGCCCCUCUUCCUCCUGCUGCACAAGCUCGGCCUCCUCCGGAUCUCGGCCGAGGACGAAAUGGCGGGAAUGGACCUCACGCGCCACGGCGGCUUCGCCUACGUCUACCACGACGAGGAGCACGACCCCUCCAAGCACGAGGGCGGCUUCAUGCUCAGAUCCGCGGUGGCCCGCAUCGAGCCCAACUCCACCCCCUCCACCACCAAUCAGGUCUAGAUCUAGAUCUAGAUCUGGACCCACCACUUUUUCGCACGUCGCCCGCGCCUCAGCCGCUCAGCUUCGAUCCGU